AUGGCUCAACCAGUGACCAAGAUCGCCGCUGGUGCUUUUACAGAAGACACAAUAACAGAAGCUGCUCUUCCUGGAUCCAACGCUGACCAUAUCCUGUACCUCAAGUUGAUUCAAGGAUACGCUAUACGUCUUGUCCACCUACUUCCGGGCUCGCAGAAUGAUCCUGUAAGGAUUCACUUAUCGAUACACGAACUUGAGUUUCAGCCUGAAUAUGAAGCUCUUUCGUAUGUUUGGGGCCCCACGAACAGCGAUGAGUACUGGACGUCGAUUGAGUGCAAUGGGCGGCAGUUGUGGGUCACGAAGAGUUUACAAUCAGUGUUCACGCGAGUUCGACAUAGCGAUCGUCCCCGUAUCGUGUGGGCAGAUGCGAUAUGUAUUAAUCAGCAGGACGACGAUGAAAAAUCACACCAUGUAGCCUUCAUGAACAGAAUCUACAGUCACGCUUCAGACGUAUUGGUGUGCAUGACUGGCGGCUCAGAAGAGGUAGCCGGUCACACAAUAGCGCUACUCCAUGAUCACACACUCAGAAGGGCCGGCUUCGCCAGUGUCAACGACAUGCCGAUUCUGAACGACGACGAUCCUGUCUUGUCCGAUCCUCGUUGGCCUGCUUUCGGCAAGCUCAUGCAGAAUGAAUGGUUCAAACGUGCAUGGGUGUGCCAAGAGACAGGCGUCGCAAAACAUGCCACAAUUCACUGGGCUGAUGCAGCAAUGGACUACCGUCACACAAUGCAUCUUGCUAGAUGGGUCGUGCGGUGUGCGCCGCAGCUUCAGAGCAGUGCAGGUAUCUCGCUGCUAACUAUACACUCAGAUUGGUCGAACUGGAGAGAUAACGAGUGGCGGCACGAUCAGUCAGUACCAGACUACAGUAUAGUCGACUUCCUCAGCCAUGCCAAGGGUUUGGGGUGCAGCAAUGCACACGACCACAUCUAUGCUUUCUUAGGUCAUCCACUGCUACAGACAAACACUGAUGCCGGCAUCUCAGUGCCAAUUAUCAAGCCAGAUUACAAAAAGUCUAUGCUGGAAAUCUACCACGAGUUCACAGUAGCGGUCUUUCCUACAGCAGGCGUCAAGCUCUUCUCGGCAAUUGAACAUGAUGAAGAGAGCCUCAACGCCGACAUACCUUCGUGGGUAGUUAGAUGGGAUAUGGAUAUUAUCCAGAAUUCACUAGGCUACUAUCCCGACUUCUAUUUCAGAACAUCAGGUCCCGAGGCUAAGACAUUUACAGGUCUCUAUGCGCCAGUGAUUGAGGGUAGUGUAUGCAUCGUUCGAGGAAUACACGUUGAUAGCAUUAUUAUCAGACACAAAUUCUCUGCUGACGGAGCUAUGUACGAUGUCGACAAUGUCAAGGAGGCGCUCAAGCCUGACAACGUCGUCAACGAGACUCUCGACGCUGUGUUGGAUAUUCCUGCCAAUACUGACACUCCCAGCCGAUACGAGGCUCCUGAACGAACUGACGCAAUCAGUCUAACUCUACGCACUGGCCUCGCGGACUAUUUACGAGCAGAGAACGACCUUUCAAAACACAGAGCCAGCUUCGAAGCCUUUCGCAGUGUUCGUGACCAGACCUUGGGCCGAGAAGCUGGUAGCCACGAUUCAGAACGCGAGGACAACCAAAUGACUAUCAGGAAGGCCAAUUCCUAUUGGUAUGACCUCAGUCUUGGCUGUAAAGGACGUUGCUUUUUCGUCACAAGGACUGGUUACUACGGACUCGGUCCUUGGGUGUUGCAACCUGGAGACGAAUGCUGGCUUUUCGAAGGUGCACGUGUCCUGUAUGUCCUUCGCAAGGUGCAAGGAGAGGGUGCGUAUCGGAUUCUGGGAGAGGCUUAUGUGCAUGGAUCCAUGGAAGGUGAAAUUGUCAAGGAGCGAGGAAAGGAUCUUGUAUGGGAGAGUGUUGUGUUGAAGUGA